UAAUUCUUGUACAAAAGCCCAUCUGUAAAAGAAAAAGAAAACAGUGUAGAAACAUGUCUCAUAUGAUGUUUUACCUCUCGUCUCUGCUAAUCUUAGCAGCCCUGCAAGGAACCAAUGCAGUCGAAUAUAGUGUCACCAACAAGGCCAGCACAACUCCUGGUGGCAUUCGAUUCGAGAACAAAAUCGGAGCUGCAUACAGCAAGCAGGCACUCAUGUCUGCCACCACUUUCAUAUGGAGGAUCUUCCAGCAGACCAACGCGGCAUCCAGGAAGAACGUGCCCCGCGUCAGCUUAUUCAUCGAAACCAUGGAUGGAGUUGCAUAUACUUCCAACAAUGAGAUUCAUGUCAGUGCAAACUACAUACAAGGUUAUUCAGGCAAUGUGAAGAGGGAAAUCACUGGUGUCCUAUAUCAUGAGAUGACACACGUAUGGCAGUGGAAUGGGAAUGGGCAGACACCCGGAGGACUGAUUGAAGGUAUCGCCGAUUUUGUCAGGUUGAAGGCAGGGUAUGCGCCUAGCCACUGGGUGCAGCCCGGGCAGGGUGACCGGUGGGAUCAAGGGUACGACGUGACAGCCCGGUUUCUUGAUUAUUGUAACAGUUUGAAGGGUGGGUUUGUGGCAGAACUUAACAAGAAGAUGAGGACUGGUUAUAAUGCCAACUACUUUGUUCAGCUGCUGGGAAAGACAGUUGAUCAACUCUGGAGUGACUACAAGGCCAAGUAUCAGAAAUAGGCAUGUAUGUGUAGUUAUGGCUAAAUAAACUCAGUCUUGUACUAGUGACACUAUCAUAUAAAGUAAAUAAGUUGCCCAAAUAAAAAGGGAAUGAAAUAUUAUUGAAAAA